CGACCUAUUUACGUAAAUACCAAAGCUUUGAAAAUGGCGGCGUUAGUGAUGAACAAAUUUCUGUAAAGUUUUGAUUAAAUCUGCUUAAAUAGACACGCUCAAAUGCCUGUCGAAAAAAAGUCCAAAGAAGACACUUGGACACCCAGUGAAUUGAAGAAAGCAAUGGGGAAAGAUACUCUAAGGAGGGAGAGGGAAGAAAGGAAAAAGGAAAGACUCAGAGAAGAUCAAAAUGGUGAGGAGAAACACAGAAGAAGAAAGGAUGAAGAUGAAACUAAAGAAAGACGACAUCAUAGGGAUGAUGAUGAUAGAAAACGUCAUAAAGACAAAGACCGUCACCAUAGAAACGAAGAUGAUGAGGGUCGUCGUAGGAGAAGGGACAGAGACUCUCCUGAUAGAAAUGAAACUACAGAGGAGGACAGAGAACGACAGAGGAGAGAAAGAAGAGAAAAACGGGAAGGAAAAUCUAAGGGAGAUGAUGAUAGAAGAAGAAAAGAUGAUGAUGACUCUAAAAGAAGAAGACCCAAAGACGAAGAUAGAGAAAGAAGUAACAAAGAUGAAGAUAGGAGAAGACAUAAGGAUGAUGAUGAAAAACGAAGACACAGAGGUGAUGAUGAUGAAAGAAGAAGAGACAAAGACGAUGAGAGAAGACGACAUAGAGGUGACGAUGACAGGGAAAAGAGAAGACACAGAGAUGAUGAUGAUAGAGAGAAAAGACGACAUAGGGAUGAAGAUGGAGAUAGAAGGGGACAUAGAGGCGAUGAUGAUAGAGAGAAACGCAAACAUCAUAGGGAUGAAGAUGAUAGGGAUAGAAGAAAAGAAAAGAAAGACCGAGAUAGACACAAAGAAACAGAAGAAGGAAGUCGUAAACAUCGUCGCCAUAGAGACGAAGAGGAUGAUGAAAUGCAAACUGAACUUGAUGAGGACGAAAGAGAGAAGCAGAGGAGAGAAAGAAGAGAGAAAAAAGAAGGGAGAGACAGAAAAGAUGGAGAUAAGGAUGAUAGAGAUAAAAGAUCAAGAGAAGAGAGAGGAAAAUCGGCUAAAUCUAGAGUCAUUAGCACUUUUGAAACAGAUAAACUUUAUGAAAUUGAUGCAAGAACAAAAUCUGCAGUGAAUGGCAGAUCCAAACCCAAGGAGGAAGAAGAGGAAGAAAAUGACUAUGGGGGUUAUGAGGAUGAUUUUGAGGAUUAUGAGGAAGACUUUGAAGAAGAGGAGGAUGAGGAGCCACCAAAGAAGACAAACUUGUCAUCUAUAACACCUAGACAACCUAGACAUGGACUGCAAUAUUCUGAUGACGAGAUGAACGACGUUUUAAGAGCUUUAGAUGAAGAAAAUGAUAGAUUAUAUAAAGAUUCCGCAAAACAGGACAAAUAUGACAGAUCUGACUCGCCUGAUGAUAGAGGUAGAGGAUAUAGGGACAGCAGUCCAGAUGAACCUGUCUCGAGGGUGCGUCCAAAAAGUAGUGCUAUCAACUUCUUAUCAGCAAAGAGACAGGUCAUGACUCAGAAAACCUAUGGAAAGACAUCCAAACGAGCUCGAGACCUGUUAGAAAUGAUAGAAUUAGACACAGUAACUUUUGAUAUUAUGGAUUUGCCUCCAGUCAAAGAAUAUGAGUUGUAUAUUAGAAGUUAUGGCAGAUCUGACACACGACAGGCCUACGUACAGACCAAUGAUGAUGCUAUAGACCGUGAUAUACAAACAGAAGAGAUUGAUAUGAGAAACAAGUGGACACAACAUCCACCUGAAGACUUUGCUGGAUCUGGCAGAGGUGACGGUGAAAAAGAUUUUGAAGAUGAAGAACAGUCACAACAGAAUAAACAACAAGACUUAGGUCGUCUUUCUAAGUUCAUACAACAGGCCGGACAGGUAGUUUCUAUAUUACUAGACGAAGAGCGAUCGCAGGAAACAACAGAAUUAAGUGCAAAUAAAUCAAGUAUUAGUAUGAGUGAAGGUUACACAGAACUGUCUAAAUUGGGCAUACUACAAGGUCGUCAUGUAGAGUUUGCUUACUUUGCACCAACACAACCUAAUAUGGUAUUGACUGUCUACAGUCAGCCUGAUCAGAGUAAUCCAUUGAAUCCAACAGAUGGAAAGGGAAUGAUAUGUGUAUGGAACACAAAUGAACCAUCAUAUCCUCAAAGGAUCUUAGCGUGUGAAUCUCAGCCAAGAUGUUGUUGCUUUGGUCCAUAUAAAACUUCUAUAGCAUUUGCAGGAAUGGUUGAUGGUUCUAUAUGUGCCUGGGAUCUAAGAGAACCUCCGUCCCUGCACAGAUCUGUAGAGUUUGAUAAAACAGAACAUCUUCUAAGAUUUCCAACUUAUAAUACAGCUGGUAUAUCAGAUUCAGAUAACCAUAUCAGUCCAGUGACAACAAUAAACCCUGUUACAACUUACGUAGAUGAAAAUUCACAACAAGAAUCAGAUUCCAAAGAGGACGAAAAGAAGAAUACUGAUUCUGGAUCUGGUAUGUCCUUCCAGCUGGUGUCCAGUGAAGAUCAGGGAAGAAUUAAUUUUUGGGUUGUUGCAGAAUUAACUACUACAGACCCAGCAGGAUCAGAGAUUGACCUUGGGUUAUCACCUGGUGGCAAGGUUAAAGUUGUUAUUAGUUCUACAAUAAAACUGGAGAGCUUAGUCAGAGAAGCAAGGUCAUUAGGUCCAAUCCGAUCCUUUGAGAUGCAGAUUUCUCCAACAGAUCCAAACCAUUUUUAUAUAGGGACAGAUGGGGGAUAUGUACUACAUGGCUUACGAUUUGGUAAUAGAGCUUUUCCAAGAACAUUCUCAGCUUUAACAGAUUCUCCUGUAGAUGUUAGGAGUAUAGAUUUUUCACCUUUUGGUCAUCCAUGUUUUCUGGCAUCAACAGCAGAAGGUUGUGUUCACUUAUUUGGGACCAAAUCAGAAAAACCUUUGUUGACCUGGCCUUCCAAAAUAUGGGGAACAAGGGACUUGAGAUGUGUACGAUGGUCACGCAGUAGACCUUGUGUAUUUUAUGUGCUGGAUGACCAUUCACAACUUUAUACAUUUGACAUUUUGGAAGGGGAUGCAAUGCCUGCAAAAAUGGAAACUUUAUCUAAAGAAAAUGUUAUACAUAUAGCCUUCACACCACACUUAAAUGUUACAGGACGGCAUCCUCAGAUGCUUGUUAGUCAAGAAGAUGGCACGAUACAAAUACACACAAUAUCUAAAGAGUACCGAGAACAACAAACACUAGAGAAUGAUUUCUUACCAAGCUAUCUAGACAAAUUCUGAUUUGAUGGUCCUCUCAAUACACACAGGAGUAACAACAUAUCAUGUUAUCUAGACAAAUUCUGAUUUGAUGGUCCUCACACAGGAGUAACAACAUAUCAAGUUAUCUUGCACAAAUUCUUAUCAUUUAGGCAAUUUAGAGAAAACAAUGUAUCAUAUCAUACCAUACUGCGAACCAAUGAAUAGGACCAGUUGAUAAUUGUGAAUGAUUUGAUUGGCUCCAUUUACUUGUUUAAUUGAAAUAAAUGGAACAGAUAUCAACUGAGCAACAAGAAGAUGCAAAAAACUGAACAUAUAUACAUAGAAUACAUCAAAAUUUAUUACUUGAUUGUUGUAUUAUAAAAUUCAUCAUCUGGUACUUCAGAUAGACCUUCUGUAGAAUGUAUGAAGGAUAUGGUUAGGACAUACCUGCUCAUGUGCCAAGUUGUAUGAAUGAAAAGUUAAGUUAAGAUGCUACAUGUGUAUGUGUAAGAAGAGAUUUUAAUGACAGAUGAGCUACUUAUUGAUACAUCUGUCUUUCAUACUAAGUGUUAGGUAAUAUACCAAAAAUAUAAGAUGUGUUUUCCUGUCAAGUACUGUAAGAGACAGAAAUGGAAUUGUUUACAUUCUUGUCCUUUUGUCUCUUGUGGAUCUUGUCUCAUUGGAAACAAUACCACAUCUCCUUGUUUUUAUACUAGUGAAUACAACUUUUGGGUCCAUUUGUUAAAGACAAACUCCUGGCAAGGGACCAAAUCAUAUAUAUCAAUGUUUAUAUUCCGUCCAUUUGUGUCAUGUGUUCUUUUGUGUUCACAUUUUGUUUGUGUAGUGUAUUGUUGUUUGCAAAAAAAAGCAAGAUAUUGUAGAUUGUUUAAUAAUAUUUUCUAAAAGUUGUGGAAUAGUACACUUUUGUAUGUGAAUUACUGUACUUUAAGGUAUGUGCUAGAUGGAUGUAGAUUGGUUGCAUCUAUAGAUAUCAUUUCAAAAUAAGGAAAAAAAUAUUCAGUAUACAAUUUCAAGCUACAGUUUUCCAAUGUUAUAUAACUAUUACCUAUUUGAUCUUUGGGACACUUUUAAAAGAUAGAAUUAUUAAAUACAAGAGUGUUCAGUAAUUUUGAAAGUUACAGGGAGAUAACCAUUUUGGCAUAUUUUCAUAAAAAUGGUAAUAAUUUUAUAAGUCUACAUAUUUAUUUAACUUGGAGUGUGUCUUAAAUAAUAGUCAUUUUUUAUGAGUUACCAUGAUACUAUUAAAUUGGUCAUAGGUUAUUUCUUUUUAUGUCAGAAUAUUGCAAAACUUUGUUACAAAUUUCAUUAGUGUAAUUGACUUGUUUUUGUUGUGAAAAAUCAUUCAUGGUACCGGUAAUACAGACGUUAAUACUGAGCAGAAGCAUUCCAUUUAAACAGACAAAAAAACUAGAAAAUUAUGUAUUUCAAAGUCUUGCAUACAAAAAACAAGUCAGCAUUGAAUACAAACUAAUGCCAUACAAACUUCCAUAAAAUCACCUAUAAUAUUAAGAAGAGUAUGUGUGUCCUGUUUUAAUUCAAAUACCAUUCAUAUUUCUUAGACCUGUGACCAAAAAAAAUUAUUGUAAUAUCUGUUAUAAGGUGUUGAACAGGACAUAGUAGACAAAGAACUCAAAUGUUCUCCCCAAUAUAUGAUUUGAAAUAGCACUGUUUCUCUUAAGUUAUUGCACCACAUUCUAUUACUAAAUGCAUUCAGAUAGCACUAUCAUGGUACCUCACCAGUCAAACAUUUUUAAAAUUGAAUAUGAAUUAGUUAUAAUAUAAUUAGUCUAAGUUACUUACAUAUGAAGUAGGGAAAGAAAAGAAAAAUGUAAAGCUUAAUCAAAUCUUUGAGUCAGCAGAUCAUUAUUUUAUUUUUUAACGUGUAUUUGAUUGGGAUAAAAUAUCUCAAAAAAAUUAUUAAAAAAAAGUAAAAUAACAAUUUUAUAUUUGGUCCAGCUAGUUUUUGCAAGUUAUUGUUUUUUGUUUUGACAGAUGAGUGAAUGAUAAUACAGAUAUUAGUAUUAACAAUUUUUACUUACGUAGUGCUUUAUUUUAUUUCUUUUGUGUCAGAAAAGUGCAAACAAUUGUUACAGGUAUCUGUUAUAACUAUAAAUUAUUUAUUUAUUAAUUUGUUAUUAAUUAUUAAUUGUGAUCAGAUGUUCAAUGUAUGAUGCACAGAAGUUAUUAUUGUGGACUAAGUCGAAGUCUGUUAAACUAAUGGCAAAGUAAAAACAAGAUUUUGGUAAAGUUACUUUCCUUAUUUCUGCAAGUCACAUGUCAGAAGUGAAGCAUUAUAUGAGCUGCGUCUGAUAGAAGUCGACCUUAUGCAAAUGAAUAUCAAUACAUCUGUUAUCCUAUCUCGGGGUUGAAAAAAUCUAUAUGCAAAGUCUGUAACUGUUUCAAAAUUGAGUUGUCAUAAGAACCAAACAAAACAGACCAAAAUUCAUCUUUCAUUUAGUAUUUAAAUGUUCCAAAAUCAAUCAAAGUCUUAUACAUGAACAUGUAUAUGUGCACUUGCAUAAGUUCUAUUUCUAUCUGACACAGCUCAUAUGCAAUGUAGGUCUGUUUGAUUUUUUUUUUUCAUUUAAGCCCUCCGAAAGAAAUUUAUCAGUUAUAAGUAUGCAGAAGAUAAUUUUUUUAUACCUUCAAGGAAGGAUAUUUUGCUAUAAAAAUUGUAAUGAUACAUUUUAUGAAAGUGACAGCCACUCAUACCUAAAGUUAGGCUGUUAUCUUAAAUUUCCCAAUAAAAAAGUUUACAACUUUGAAGUUGUGCUAUUUACUCAAAGUGUUUUUAACAAUCCUAACUGCAAAGCAUAUAUAAUUUUAGAUAUUUUAUAUCAUGUGACUACUUAACACCAAUGAAAACCAUGUUGCAAAAUAUGAAAAAAUAUCCAUAUAUGAUCAUAUAUGGUGUGAGAACAGAAUACAUUAGGGAAAGACUCCUCCAUUCGUAUAAUUCUUAAAUUAAUUACUAACUUCUGAUCAAAAAGCAGUUUCAACAAUAAUGCAAAAUUAGAAUGUACACUUAAACAUGAAGUAACAAAUUAGAUUGCAUAUACUCAAUUAAACAUAUUUAUUUUAUCUAGAUCUCUAUUUUAUCAGAUUUCAGGUGUUCAAACAAAAAUUAUUAAAUGAAAACUAUAUUGGUAGUCUAAAGUUAAGUUAUCUGAAACAAACUGUUUCACAAUAGUAAUAUUGAGUUCAAUAACUAAGAAUUUACCAUUUCAGAAUCUUAAGCAUCCAGAGUAAAAUUUUGGAAUAGUGCACCAAAAUGUGUGAUUUGUUAUAAUGGUCCUAAACAAUGAAAAUUCAACCAAUGAUUCUGAAAUGAAAUUCAAAUUCAACUAUCCAAAUCAAGAAAAUUGGGUAAUACUGUUUAUAAUGAAGAAUGUUUGGUAAUUUAUUUAAAUGAUACUGUAAUAGUAUAGUAAUAGAUGUUACAUUGUGAUAUGUACAUACUGUUAUCAACAUUUUUAUAAUGCUAUUGUUUAUUUUCUAAAGAUCUAAAGUCUAUUUUCAAUAAAUGGGAAGAAAAAAAAACUGCUUUUAU